CCCUUAAUGUGUCAGAUUACUUAACCGGAAGUCGGUUUCGCUGAAUACAGCGUAGAAAGAAGCACUUGUUUCUGUAUUGUCUCUUUCAGAUCUUUUGUUGGGCGACACGAACGAAAGAGUCUUGAAAUUUCACAAAAGUCCACUAUCUUUUGCCACUUUGCUAGGCAAUCAUCAUAUCGUCAAGAUUUAAUGCAGAUAUGCGGGUACUUUGCUGCUUUUGUUGUUAUCUUCUAAAAACACAAGGCACCAUCACGGAUCUGCCAUCUUUCCAUUUUCCCUCACUUACUCUCAUCACCCGCGCGCCUUAUCCCCAUUUUGCUCUUCUGCUCUACAUUCUCCAUCUUUCUUGAACCUGGAAUUAAGGGUGUGGGUUGGUCAUCUCUCGGCUCUAAUGCCGUCACCAUCAUACAUGCCACUAAGGUGGGAGAGCAGCGGGGACCAAUGGUGGUUUGCCUCUCCCAUUGAUUGGGCAGCUGCCAAUGGACAUUAUGAUCUGGUGAGACAGCUUCUUCUCCUUGACACUAACCUUCUCUUCAAACUCACUUCUCUUCGGCGAAUCCGCCGUCUAGAGACGGUUUGGGAUGACGAGGAACAGUCUGAUGAUGUAGCAAAAUGCCGCUGUCAAGUGGCCAGAAAGCUCCUCCUUGAAUGUGAAACCAAGAAUGGACACAAUUCUCUCCUCAGAGCCGGCUAUGGGGGCUGGCUUCUUUACACGGCUGCCUCAUCUGGGGAUGCAGAGUUUGUUAAAGAGUUGUUGGGGCGAGAUCCGCUUUUGGUGUUCGGUGAAGGUGAGUAUGGGGUCACUGAUAUACUCUAUGCAGCAGCUCGGAGCAAGAGGUUUGAAGUUUUCAGGCUUCUGUUUGAUUCUUCAACCACAGUGAAGCAAAAGAAUGGAGAAGAAGGAUGGGAAGAGGGUGAUAGCCCUUUGGGUUGGAAGAUGGAUAUGAGGAAUAGGGCAGUUCAUGCUGCUGCUAGAGGAGGAAGUGUGGAGAUAUUGAGGGAACUGCUCUUGAACUGCUCAGAUGUUUUAGUGUAUAGAGAUGAGGCGGGAUCUACUCUCUUGCAUUCUGCCGCUGGAAGAGGUCAGGUUGAGGUGGUUAAGUAUCUAUUAGCAUCGUAUGACAUUACUGAUUCCAGAGAUGAUCAAGGCAACACUGCACUGCAUCUGGCUGCAUACAGAGGCUACUUACCCAUUGUGAAAACUCUCAUAUCCGCAUUGCCUUCGUUAGUCCCACUCACAAACAACCACGGAGACACAUUCCUUCACAUGGCUGUGGCGGGCUUCAGAACACCAACUUUCCAUAGGUUGGACCCACAAAUAGAGUUAAUAAAGCAGUUGGUGUGCGGAAAAUUUGUGAACAUUGAAGAAAUAAUCAACUUAAGGAAUAAUGGCGGGAAAACAGCUCUUCAUGUUGCUGUUAGUGAGAAUGUUAGGACCGAUCUAGUAGAACUUUUGAUGACUGUAUUUUCAAUAGAUUUAAACAUCCGUGAUGAUGAUGGUCACACACCAUUGGAUCUCAUCAAGAGACGCCCUCGACCACAUUCUUAUGAGGGAUUGAUCAAGCGGUUCAUCUCGGCCGGAGGAAUAUCCGAUUGCCAAGACCGGGCGGCAAGAAGCAUCUUAGCUUCACGUUUGAAAACACAGGGUACAACAGGUAGCCCAGGAACUUCUUUUAGGAUCCGUGAUGCUGAAAUAUUCUCAUGUGCCAGCACUGAGAAAGGGUAUGAUGGUAAUUGUGAUAUUUUAAGCUCGGGAUAUGCCUCUAGCUCGGGUGAAAUAAGUUCACACUUUUCACAUAAAAAUAAGUUGAAGUUUCUUAUGGAGUUGACAAAUAAUAAAGGGAGAGAUGAUUGCGUGCCUGCAGAAUCUCAAGCAGAACAACAUUCUUUGACAUCGGGAGAGAAACCCGUACUCUCUCUACGACAAAGGUUUGCAAGAAUGUCCUCCCUUCCGAACAACAAAAGAGUUCACUCGGUUUCUCAGGGCCAUUCUAGUCCAUUCACAAAAAUGAAGUUUGCUGCAGGGGUAAGGCAAGGCGUUAUUCAAGUAACGCCACGAUGUCUUUUCUCUGGAUCAUUGCAGGCAUCUCAGAAGUCUGUCAUUCAAGAAAAGAGAAGAAACCAUACAGAUGUUGUUAGCCCUGGUGGCUCCCGUGACUUCAAUUGCUUGCCUAGUAGACAAAAGUCGAAAGCGGAAAUGGGGCGCCAACGCAAUUCCUUCAACAUGAAGGUGAUGAACCAGUUCUUCUGCUUCGGGGAUGACGGCGUUUCUGUGAAUAAUCCAGGUAGAUCGAAACCACAGGUUCAGUAUUGCAAACAAGCAAUUGCAGCAUGAAUGUAACAUGAUGUUUUCUAUGUUUCAUCUCUCCUUUAAAGUUGUAAUGAAGCAUGUAGUGGUGCUGGCAAUUUGACUAAUUUGAAAUUUAUUGUUAAUUAUUCUCUUUUAAUUCCAAC